UAAGGUUUCUUCUGGGAACGGAUCGGAUCGGAUCUGGGGUCGGUCUCGAGGAAAACUUCUCGCUGCAGUGACAUCACUUGCUCGCGAGGAGCCAUCCAGUGCGGUUGGAUGGGCUCUCUGAAAGAAAUACCAAAAUAAAACGAACCGAAAACCGAACCAAAAGAUAAGAAAGUGAAAAUCGACAAGACAAGAGUGAAACCGGAAGCAGGGUCUUUGGAAAGGAUUCUCCUUAUCGCCAGCCCAAGAAUGGGGCUACCAGUGCCUGUGGGUGUGGCCCUGUGCCUCCUGCUAGCAAUAGCCCAGUGCCAGGCGGAGCUAACGCCUCCGUACUUCAACUUGGCCACGGGCCGCAAGAUCUUUGCCACUGCCACAUGCGGCGAGGACACCGAUGGACCCGAGCUCUACUGCAAGCUGGUGGGCGCCAAUACGGAAAAUGAUCACAUUGAUUACUCGGUCAUCCAAGGACAGGUCUGCGAUGUGUGUGAUCCGAAUGUGCCGGACAAGAAUCAUCCGCCAGAGAACGCCAUCGAUGGCACCGAGGCCUGGUGGCAGAGUCCGCCCCUGUCCCGAGGCAUGAAAUACAAUGAAGUCGAUUUGACCAUCAAUUUUGAACAGGAAUUCCAUGUCGCCUACCUAUUCAUUCGCAUGGGAAACUCGCCACGUCCUGGUCUGUGGACGCUGGAGAAGUCGGUGGAUUACGGCAAGACCUGGACGCCAUGGCAGCAUUUCUCGGACACGCCCGCCGAUUGCGAGACGUACUUCGGCAAGGACACGUACAAGCCGAUCUCGCGCGACGACGAUGUCAUCUGCACCACGGAGUACUCGAAGAUUGUGCCGCUGGAGAACGGAGAGAUUCCCGUGAUGCUGCUGAACGAGCGUCCGAGCAGCACGAACUACUUUAAUUCGACGGUGCUGCAGGAGUGGACCCGUGCCACGAAUGUGAGGAUACGUCUGCUGCGCACCAAGAAUCUGCUUGGACACUUGAUGUCCGUCGCGCGGCAGGACCCCACGGUGACGCGUCGCUACUUCUAUUCGAUCAAGGACAUCUCCAUCGGUGGGCGCUGCAUGUGCAACGGCCAUGCGGACACCUGCGACGUGAAGGACCCUAAGAGUGCGGUGCGAAUACUCGCCUGCCGCUGCCAGCAUCACACCUGCGGCAUCCAGUGCAACGAAUGUUGUCCCGGCUUCGAGCAGAAGAAGUGGCGCCAGAACACCAAUGCGCGACCCUUCAAUUGCGAGCCCUGCAAUUGCCACGGCCACAGCACGGAAUGCAAAUACGACGAGGAUGUGAACCGGAAGGGUCUGUCGUUGGACAUCCACGGCCACUACGAUGGCGGUGGCGUGUGCCAGAACUGUCAGCACAAUACCGUCGGCAUCAACUGCAACAAAUGCAAGCCAAAGUACUACCGACCCAAGGGCAAGCACUGGAACGACACGGACGUCUGCAGUCCCUGCCAGUGCGACUUCUUCUACUCGACGGGCCACUGCGAGGAGGAAACCGGAAACUGCGAGUGCCGCGCCGCCUUCCAGCCGCCCAACUGCGAUUCCUGCGCCUACGGCUACUACGGCUAUCCGAACUGUCGCGAGUGCGAGUGCAAUCUGAACGGAACGAACGGCUAUCACUGCGAGGCGGAGAGCGGACAGCAGUGCCCCUGCAAGAUCAACUUCGCGGGCUCCUACUGCAAGCAGUGCGCCGAGGGCUACUACGGGUUUCCCGAGUGCAAGGCCUGCGAGUGCAAUCAGAUUGGAUCCAUCACGAACGACUGCAAUGUGACCACCGGCGAGUGCAAGUGCUUGACCAACUUUGGGGGCGAUAACUGCGAGAGAUGCAAGCACGGAUACUACAACUAUCCCGCCUGCUCGUACUGCGAUUGCGACAAUCAGGGCACCGAAUCGGAGAUAUGCAACAAGCAGUCGGGACAGUGCAUCUGUCGCGAGGGCUUUGGCGGUCCCAGGUGCGACCAGUGCCUGCCCGGCUUCUACAAUUAUCCCGACUGCAAGCCCUGCAACUGCUCGAGCACCGGCAGCUCUGCCAUCACCUGCGACAACACGGGCAAAUGCAACUGCUUGAAUAACUUUGCUGGGAAGCAGUGCACCCUCUGCAGUGCCGGAUACUACAGCUAUCCGGAUUGUUUGCCCUGCCAUUGCGACUCGCAUGGCUCCCAGGGCGUCACGUGCAAUGCCGAUGGCCAGUGCCUCUGCCAGCCGAACUUUGAUGGCCGUCAGUGCGACUCGUGCAAGGAGAGCUUCUACAACUUCCCCAGCUGCGAGGACUGCAACUGUGACCCUGCGGGCGUGAUAGACAAAUUCGCUGGCUGCGGAUCGGUGCCCGUGGGAGAGCUGUGCAAGUGCAAGGAGCGCGUCUCCGGACGCAUCUGCGACGAGUGCAAGCCCCUGUACUGGAAUCUGAACAUCAGCAAUCCCGACGGCUGCGAGAACUGCGAUUGCUGGACAGACGGCACCAUCUCCGGACUGGAUACGUGCGCCUCAAAGUCCGGCCAAUGCCCGUGCAAGCCCCACACCCAGGGACGGCGCUGCAAGGAGUGCCGCGAUGGCACCUUCGACCUGGACAGCUCCUCGCUGUUUGGCUGCAAGGACUGCCAGUGCGAUGUGGGUGGCUCGUGGGCCAGUGUCUGCGACAAGACGAGCGGCCAGUGCAAGUGCCAUCCCCGAGUCACGGGCCGCGCCUGCACCCAGCCCCUGACCACACACUACUUCCCGACGCUCCACCAGUUCCAGUACGAGUACGAGGACGGGGCCCUGCCAUCGGGCACCCAAGUGCGCUACGAUUACGAUGAACAGAAGUUCCCGGGAUUCAGCAGCAAGGGCUACGUGGUGUUCAACACGAUACAGAACGAAGUGCGCAACGAGCUGACGGUGUUCAAGUCCUCUCUGUAUCGCAUCGUCCUGCGCUAUGUGAAUCCCAACGAUGAGAACGUGACAGCCACCAUACUCAUACAGUCGGACAAUCCCCAGGAAGUGGAUCAGAACGUAAAGGUCCUCCUGCAACCGACAAAGCAGCCGCAAUUUGUCACCGUAUCCGGACCCAAGGGCCUCAAGCCCUCUGCCAUUGUGCUGGAUCCCGGCCCACGCUACGUCUUCACCACGAAAGCCAGCAAGAAUGUGAUGCUCGACUACUUUGUGCUCCUGCCCGCUGCCUACUACGAGGCCUCCAUUCUCACGCGACAGAUCUCGAAUCCCUGCGAACUGGGCAACAUGGAGCUGUGCCGCCACUACAAGUACGCCUCCGUGGAGGUCUUUGAGCCCGCGAGCGUGCCUUUCCUCAUCGGAUCCAAUGGCAAGGCGGCCAAGCCCGCCGAAGUGUACAGCGACCCAGAGCAUCUGCAGAUCGUGAGCCAUGUGGGAGAUGUGCCAGUGCUCAGCCGAUCCCAGCCAGAGCUCAAUUACAUCGUGGAUGUGCCACAUAGCGGGCGCUACAUCUUCGUGAUUGAUUACAUCAGCCACAGGAACUUCACGAACACGUACUACGUGAAUCUGCGACUGAAGAACGAUCCGGACUCGGAGACGUCUGUGCUCCUGUAUCCCUGCCUGUAUUCCACGGUCUGCCGCACUUCGGUGAACGACGAUGGCCUGGAGAAGAGCUUCUACAUCAACAAGGAGGAUCUGCAGCCAGUAACCAUCUAUGCUGAUAUCUCGGAUGAAUAUCGCGUGCCCAUCAUUUCGGUCACUGCCAUUCCUGUGGAGCAAUGGUCCAUUGAUUACAUCAACCCCAGUCCCGUCUGCGUGAUCCACAACCAGCAGUGCUCAACGCCCAAGUUUGUGUCGGUGCCAGAUUCCAAGAAGAUUGAAUUCGAAACGGACCAUGAGGAUCGCAUUGCCACGAACAAGCCCCCGUACGCGGUGCUCGAUGAACGCGUUAAGCUCGUGCACUUGGACAGCAAGCAGGAGGGAACCAUUGUGAUAGAUUCGAAGGUCGCCGAGCCUGACCGAUAUGUGAUUCUGGUGAAGUACUACCAGCCGGAUAAUCCCAAAUAUCAGGUUUACUUCACCUUAACGGCAGCCAAAAACCAAUACGAUGGACACUUCGACAUCCAGCACUGUCCCUCGAGCUCCGGCUGCCGAGGCGUGAUCCGUCCUGGCGGGGAAUACGACUGGUUUGACAUUGACGAUGAGUUCCAUUUCACAAUUACGAACGAUCGUCCGCAAGGCGUUUGGCUGGACUAUCUGGUCGUGGUGCCACUCAAGCAGUACAACGAGGAUCUCUUGGUGGAGGAAACCUUCGACCAGACAAAGGAAUUCAUCAAGAACUGCGGGCACGACGACUUCCACAUCACGCACAACGCCAGCGAGUUCUGCAAGAAGGCCGUGUUCUCGGUGACGGCGGACUACAACAGCGGGGCAUUGGCCUGCAACUGCGAUUAUGCGGGAUCCACGAGCUUCGAGUGUCGUCCGUUUGGGGGGCAGUGCCAGUGCAAGCCGAAUGUGAUUGAGAGGCAGUGCGGCACCUGCCGCAGCCGCUACUACGGUUUCCCCGACUGCAAGCCCUGCGAGUGCCCCACCAGUGCCAUGUGCGAGCCGACCACAGGAGAGUGCAUGUGCCCCCCGAAUGUGAUCGGGGAUCUGUGCGAGAAGUGCGCCCCGAACACGUACGGCUUCCAUCAGGUGAUCGGCUGCGAGGAGUGCAAUUGCAACUAUCUAGGCAUUGCCAAUGGCAACACACAGUGCGACAUGUUCAACGGCACCUGCGAGUGCCGCGACAACAUCGAGGGGCGGGCCUGCGACGUGUGCGCCCAUGGCUACUACCAGUUCCCGCGCUGCGACCAGUGCUCGUGCCACACGCCGGGCACAGAGCUGGAGGUCUGCGACAAGAUCGACGGCAGCUGCUUCUGCAAGAAGAAUGUCGUGGGACGCGACUGCGAUCAGUGUGUGGACGGGACGUACAAUCUGCAGGACAGCAAUCCCGAUGGCUGCACCACGUGCUUCUGCUUCGGCAAGACCUCGCGCUGCGACAGCGCCUAUCUGAGGGUCUACAAUGUCAGUCUGCUGCGUCAGGUGUCCAUCAGUACGGCGGAGUUCAACCACAACAACAAGACAAUCGAAUUCGAGCUCUGGGCCGUGACCCCCGAGGAGCUGCAGCUGAACGAGACGACGCUCCAGGCGGACUUCACCUCCCGCGAGGUGAGCGACGAGCGUCCCGCGUACUUCGGGGUCCUCGACUACCUCCUCAACCAGAACAGUCACAUCUCCUCUUAUGGCGGGGAUCUGGCGUACACGCUGCACUUCACCUCCGGCUUCGAUGGCAAAUCGAUAGUCGCACCCGAUGUGAUCCUGAUGGGAAAGGAUAAGGUCUUGGUGCACCAAAGCUACGAGCAGCCGAGCAGGAAUAUGCCCUUCACCAAUCGCCUGCAGAUGGUCGAGUCGAACUUCCAGACGCACGCCGGAAAGACCGUCUCCCGGGCGGACUUUAUGAUGGUUCUGCGCGACCUGAAGGCCAUCUACAUCCGGGCCAACUACUGGGAACAGACGCUCGUCACGCACAUCUCGGAUGUGUACCUGUCGCUGGCGGACGAGGAUGCCGAUGGCACAGCGGAAUAUCAGUUCCUGGCCGUCGAGCGAUGCUCCUGCCCGCCGGGAUAUGUGGGCCAUUCGUGCGAGGACUGCGCGCCCGGCUACUAUCGUGACCCGAACGGACCCUACGGCGGCUACUGCAUCCCCUGCGAGUGCAACGGCCACUCGGAGACCUGCGACUGUGCCACGGGCAUCUGCACGGGCUGCCAGCACGGCACCCAGGGCGAGCACUGCGAGGAUUGCGUGUCGGGAUACUAUGGGAACGCCACCAAUGGCACGCCCAUCGACUGCAUGAUCUGCGCCUGUCCCCUGCCCUUCGAUUCGAACAACUUUGCCACCAGCUGCGAGAUCUCCGAGUCGGGCAAUGAGAUCCAUUGCGAGUGCCGUCCCGGCUAUACGGGACCCCGCUGCGAGUCCUGUGCGAAUGGCUUCUACGGGAAUCCCGAGAACGUGGGCGAUGUGUGCAAGCCCUGCGAUUGCUCUGGCAACAUCAAUCCCGAGGAUCAGGGCUCCUGUGACACGCGCACGGGCGAGUGCCUGCGCUGCCUGAACAACACGUUUGGGGCCGCUUGCAACCUGUGUGCGCCCGGCUUCUACGGGGACGCCGUGAAGCUGAAGAACUGCCAGAGCUGCGACUGCGACGAUCUGGGCACCCUCGAAUGCGAUCCCUUCGUGGGCAAGUGCACCUGCCACGAGAACGUCAUCGGCGAGCGCUGCGAUCGCUGCAAGGCCGAUCACUACGGCUUCGAGUCGGGCCUGGGGUGCCGCGCCUGCGACUGCGGCGCCGCCUCGAACUCCACGCAGUGCGACGCCCACACGGGACACUGUGCCUGCAAGCCGGGCGUGACGGGCCGCCAGUGCGAUCGGUGUGCAGUGGAUCACUGGAAGUACCAGAAGGAGGGCUGCACCCCAUGCAACUGCAAUCAGGGAUAUUCGCGGGGCUUCGGCUGCAAUCCGAACACGGGCAAGUGCCAGUGCCUCCCAGGAGUGAUUGGCGAUCGGUGCGAUGCGUGCCCCAAUCGGUGGGUGCUCAUCAAGGACGAGGGCUGCCAGGAGUGCAACAAUUGCCAUCACGCGCUCCUCGAUGUCACCGACAAAAUGCGCUACCAGAUCGACAGUGUCCUGGCGGACUUUGGCAGCGUGACGCUCGCCUUCUUCACCAGCCAAAAGCUCAACUACUACGACAGUCUGGCGGAUGAGCUGGCACCGAAAAUCAAGGCCUUGGAUCCCACCAGCGUGGACCUGAAUCCAUCGAAGAAGUCGAACAGCGAUCUGGAGGCAGACGCGAAGUCCUACGCAAAGCAAGUGAAUCAAACGCUGGCGAACGCCUUGGACAUACGCGAUAGGUCGAGCAGCACUUUGGGGAAUAUAACCAGCGCCUACGACGAGGCACUGAAGAGUGCGGACCAGGCCAGAGAGGCCAUUGCUGCCGUGGAGGCGCUGUCCAAGAAUCUCGAGACAGCGGCCAGCACGAAGAUCGAUGCGGCCCUGGAGCAGGCACAGCAUAUCCUGGGACAGAUUAACGACACCCAGAUCCAGUUGGUGGCCAACGAGCAGGUGCUGGAGAAGUCGCGUCUGCUGUACGAUGAGGUGGACGCCCUGGUGCAACCGAUCAAGGAGCAGAACAGGAGCUUGAAUGCCCUGAAGAACGACAUUGGGGAGUUUAGCGACAAGCUCGAGGAUCUGUUCAACUGGAGCGACCAAUCGGAGACCCAGUCCGCGGAAGUGGAGCGCCUGAACGUCGUCAAUAAGCAGUCGUUCGACAACUCCAAAUUCGCCACCGUCUCGGAGCAGCAGCAGGAGGCGGAAACGAACAUCCAGGACGCCGGGAACUACCUCAUCAACGGGGACCUCACACUCAACCAGAUUGGCCAGAAGCUGGACAACCUGCGCGAUGCCCUCGAGGAGCUGAAGUCCGUCAACAAGAAUGUGGACGAGGAUCUGCCCUUGCGCGACGAACAGCACCAGGAGGCGGAGCAGCUGACGGCCCAGGCGGAGAUGAGGGCCGCAGAGCUGGCCAUCAAGGCCCAGGAUCUGGCUGAACAGUACACGGACAUGACGGCCCACGCUGAGCCCGCCAUCAAGGCAGCCACCGCCUACUCGGGCAUUGUGGAGGCCGUGGAUGCGGGCCAGCAGUUCAGCCAGGAUGCCAUCACCGCUGCGGGCAAUGCCACACAGAUCACCGACGGCAUCGAAGAGCGGGCGGGCCAGGCGUACUCCGAGUCGGCGGAUCUCCUGCAGAAGGCACGCCAAUCCCUGCAGAAGGUGCAGGACGAUCUGGAGCCGCGACUGAACAGCUCCGGGGGCAAGGUGCAGCAGAUCUCGCAGCGGAACAAUGCGACGGAGCAGCAGCUGAAGGACAUCAACAUAUUGAUUGCCCAGCUGCCGGCGGCGGCGCAGCGGGACAUGUGGAAGAGCUCGAAUGCGAAUGCCAGCGAUGCCCUGGAGAUCCUCAAGAAUGUCCUCGAAAUCCUUGAGCCUGUGAGCGCACAGACGCCCAAGGAGCUGGAGAAGGCGCACAACAUCAAUCGGGAUCUGGACUUGACCAACAAGGACAUCUCGCAGGCCAACAAUCAGCUGGAUAAUGUCGAAGGGUCCGUCUCGAAGCUCGUGGAGCUGGCGGAGGACGUGGAGGAUCAGCAGCAGCGCGUGGCCACCCAAACGCUGCAGCUCGGCCAGGACAUUGAGAACCUCAAGCGGCAGGUGGAGACGGCCCGCCAGAUGGCCAACAACAUCAAGGUGGGCGUCAAGUUCCGCCCGAGCACCGUCCUAGAGCUGAAGACCCCCGAGAAGGCCAAGCUCCUGGCCACUCGCACGAAUCUGUCGACCUUCUUCCGCACCAACGAAAAGUCGGGCUUCCUGUUCUUCCUGGGCAACGACAACGCCACGGCGCAGAAGAACAAGGACUUUGUGGCCGUGGAGAUUGUCAAUGGCUACCCGAUACUAACCAUCGAUCUGGGCAACGGACCGCAGCGCAUCACCAACGACAAGUACGUGUCGGAUGGGAAGUGGUACCAGGCCGUGGUUGAUCGCGUGGGCUCCGUGGCGAAGCUAACGAUUCGCGAACAGCUGCCGAACGGAGAGGUUGUGGAGCACCAGAGCGAUCCCAAGCAGCUGGAGGGAUCCCAGAACAUACUGCAUGUGGACCGCAAUAGUCGCCUGUUCGUGGGCGGCUAUCCGGCUGCCCCAGACUUUGCGGCGCCCGAGGACAUCACCGCCAACUACUUCAAUGGCGACAUCGAGGAUCUGCGCAUCGGUGACGAGAACGUGGGCCUCUGGAACUUUGUCUACGGCGAGGAUAAUGCCGAGGGAGUUCGCGAGCGGGAUGUCCUGCUCGAGAAGAAGAAACCGGUGACGGGGCUGCGCUUCAAGGGCAAGGGAUUCGUCCAACUGAAUGCCACGUACAACUUCAAGAGCCGAUCGACCAUCAAAUUCAACUUCAAGGCCGACAAGGACAGCAGCAACGGGCUGCUCUUCUUCUACGGCCGCGACAAGCACUACAUGUCCAUUGAGCUGGUGGACGGGGCCGUUUUCUUCAACAUUAAGCUCGGCAACGGCGGCGUCUCCUCGGGCAGCAGCAAUCGCUACAACGACAACAAGUGGCACACGGUGGAGGCUGGGCGGGACGGGCGCACGGGCCUGCUCAAAGUCGACGAUAUCCUGCUCUUCCAUGAGACAGCGCCCGCGGAGGCCGACGAGGAGCUGCCGAAGCUGCGGCGCAUGUACUUCGGUGGAUAUCCGCGACGAUUCAACAACUCGGAGAUUGUCCGGCAAAACUUUGAUGGCUGCAUCGAUGAUGUGAUCAUCUCCGGCAUUGUGGUGGAUCUCACGGAGUACGUGAAUGGCACGGGCGUGGAGGAGGGCUGUCCCGAGCGGUUCUCCACUGUCCUGUCCUUUGCCCCGAACGAGUAUGGGUUCCUGCGCUCCCACAACAUCUCGUCCGACAAUAAUCUGCAUUUGAAUCUGCGCUUCAAGACCCUCCAGCCGAAGGGCAUCCUCUUCUACGCCACAAACAAUGACCAGAGCUCUGCCAUUGGCCUCACACUGGACGAUGGCUAUCUGAAGCUGAGGAGCCAAGGCAGCGAACUGGUCAUCGAUCAGCGGCCCUUCAACGACGGCGAAGAUCACGUGGUCACAGUGCAGCAUAAUGCCGGGGAGCUGCGUCUCUCAGUGGAUGAUGAAGAGGAGGAACGACUGGGCUCCCCAGAGCCCCUGCAGAUCGAGGCGGGUGAUAUAUUCUUCGGGGGUCUCCCAGACAACUACCAAACACCGAGGGGUGCCCUCUCGACACUGGCGUACUUUGUGGGCUGCAUCAGCGAUGUCACCGUCAACGACGAGAUCAUUAAUUUUGCCAACAGUGCGGAGAAGAAGAAUGGCAACAUCAAUGGCUGUCCACCCGAUAUACUAGCCUACGAGCCGGAUCUGCUGCCCAACUACUAUCCAAGUGGCGCCAAUGAGCUGGAACCGCCAUCGCCGGGCAGGAUAACGACACACAAGCCCCUGGCCACAUCGGCUCCAACCACGACGAGCACUACCACGACCACGACCACCACCACAACUGCUACUCCUGCCACAAUCACUAGCACAACGGUCCGGCCGACACCAGCAGAAGCAGCAGAAAUAGUGCCACAGAAAACACUGACCACUCGACCCACACCGAAGAUGAAUCAACCGAGCGACAAGCGCUGCAAACUCCCAGUGGAACCCAACUAUGAUGUGGAUUUCGAGACGGCUGGCUACCGCUUCUACUCGCUAAGGGAACAGCGGCUGGAGAUCAACUCCCUGCCGGUGAAACUGAAGAGCCAUCACGAUGUGAGCAUCUCCUUCCGCACAGAGCAUCCGAAUGGACUCCUGUUCUAUGCGAGCAGCAAGCAGAAGGAUGACUUUGUAGCAGUGUAUCUGCUGGAUGGGCGGGUGACCUAUCAGCUGAGAGUGGGCGCUGGCUUGACGGCGAACAUUACCAGUGAGGCGGAGCUGAACGACGGCAAGUGGCACACGGUGGAGAUUGUGCGCACUGCUCCACGGGUGAGCCUGAUCAUCGAUCAGACGAUGCAGCCGGGCUCGGUGGAGGUUAGCCAGGAGCGCAGCCCCCCUGUGUUCUCCGUCGAGAUGCCCAUCUUUGUGGGCGGCAUAACGAAGUUUGUGGAGUCGGAGCUGAGGCGACACACGUACUUUGGGGGCAACACUUCGUACUUCAAUGGCUGCCUGACGGACAUCAAGUUCGAUGGCGUGGCCCUGGAGACGGAGCCCACAAAGUACUCGGUGGUGCCAUGCUCCGAGCAGGUGGAGCGGGGAGUGUUCUUCCACAGCAGCUCCAACCAAACAACGCCGCCGUACGUGAAGCUCUUCGAGCGCUUCACCGUUGGCGCCGAGAUGGCCAUCAGCUUUGAUUUCCGUCCCCGAGAGCCGAACGGUCUGGUCUUUUCGGUGCACGGCAAGAACUCCUACGCCAUUCUUGAGCUGGUGGACAACGAACUCUUCUUCACCGUCAAAUCGGAUGCAAAGAGCACUCUCGUGACCAAUUUCACGCUGCCCGCCAACGAGAGCUUCUGCGAUGGCAAGACACGCCACGUGCAGGCCAUCAAAUCGAAGUUUGUCAUCAACAUAGCCGUGGACUUUGUCAGCUCCAAUCCGGCAGUGGGCAACGAGUCCUCUGCCCUGACCAAGACGAAUCGUCCCUUGUUCAUGGGCGGACACCAUGCCUUCCAGAAGGCGCCGGGCAUCAAGACGAAGAAGACCUUCAAGGGAUGCAUCAGCAACGUGGAAAUCAACAAGAAAGCGAUUCGAAUUACGCCGAACAUGAUCGCUGGCGACAUUUGGCAGGGCUACUGUCCUCUCAACUAGAGGAACAAAGAGAGUGAGCAGUGGAAGAGACCCUCGAGGGUGAAGGACCCUCGCAAAAUUCUAAAAGGACAAACGAUUUUGGAUUCUAUAAAAUAAGAAACUAUGCCCAAUGGACAAUGGAGUGAAAGUUGACGAAACACGCAAUCGAUGGACAACGAAACGAACAAAUUACCAAAACGAACAAACACAAUCGACAGGCAAACGUAGGGCCUGGGGCUCCUGCAGUUACUUGGAACCUCAGCACAUCUGCCAGUCGUAUAAGCAAUGUAGAUUCUAAGCUCUUUCUUUGUGCCAAUUUUUAUCAGAACUUAUACAUAUAUGUUAAUUGCUUUGUAUUUUUCAAUUCUUUGAGAGAGCACCACCAAAGAUUGUGGAACGCAUACAGAGCCGAAUGAACAGCUUACGCUCUCAUUCUCUUCGUUAGCCUUCCCCCUGGUAAUCUACAAUCUUCGCCAUAGCUCUCUCUCUCUCUCUCUUUUGCACUUGUAUUUUGCCUUUGAAAUCAACUAAAUAAAUAUUAGAAUCAUUAAAUAUCCAAUUAAAACAGCAA